AUGCAUGUGGCAGCGGGGCUGAGAACACCCAACUCAUCUCGGCAGUGGUGGAGAAUCGCCGACCACACCCAGCCCCCGACCUGUCCUUGUAGUGCCUCGUCCCUGUCCCCCGCUGCUGCCGACACCUCCGCGGGUCCCUGGAGAGCAGCCCCGGGAAAAUCCCCGGACAAACACACCCCAUCCUCUGGGCAGCAGCGGCCCAGCAUGGGGGUACACCUGCCCCCCACCCAACAACGGAGAAACGUGGGUUAUGGGGAUCCCGCCAUUGCGGAAAAAAGCGCCCGGCCCCGUCGGGCGCCCCGGCCCGCACCCCUCAGCCCGCAGCCCGCGGUGCCCCGGCCCGCAGCGGGCACUGACCGGCAGCGCGGAGCCUCUCGGGUGCGCUCGCAGGAGCCGCCGCGCUCGGGCUGUUCUUGUGGCCGAGCGCUCGUCCUUGGCGAGCAGCUGUUUCCUCACGGCGAGACGUCACCGCCCCCGAGUCCCCGCCUGCUAUGCUGUGGUUUCCUGGUGAACGCCAGGCGCAGGCCGGCACAGAGAGCGCGGCGGGGCUGGAGGAGCUGGCGGGGCAUCGCAGGAGCCACGGGCGGUGGAGUCUUGACAACAGCCAGAGCAGAAAACCCCAAGGGACUCCUGGAGAUGCUGAAGGCUGCUGGGUGGUCAGUGCCCGUGGGGCAGCAGUGUGCUCACGCCUGCUGCUUUCCUCUCCUGCAGGUGCCGUGCUGGGGCCGCCUGCGCUCUGUUCCCAAGCUGCUUUCCCGCAGGAAGCGAGUCCCAGCCAGCUCAGAGGGCUCCAGCCUCCGCCGCUGCCUCUCCUCCGUGGAUCUGGUUGCCUUGGGAGUGGGCAGCACGCUGGGGGCUGGUGUCUACGUCCUGGCAGGGGAGGUGGCCAAGACCAGCUCUGGCCCGAGCAUCGUCCUUUCUUUCCUGAUUGCAGCCGUGGUGUCUGCCCUGGCAGGGCUGUGCUACGCCGAGCUUGGGGCCCGCGUGCCCCUGGCUGGCUCUGCCUAUCUCUACAGCUACGUGACAGUGGGCGAGCUCUGGGCCUUCCUGGCUGGGUGGAACCUGCUGCUGUCCUAUGUCAUCGGUACUGCCAGCGUUGCCCGGGCCUGGAGCGCUACCUUUGACCAGCUCCUUGGCAAGAAGAUGGGGAGGUUUUUGGGUGCUCACGCAGCCAUGAGCUCUGUGGGGCUGGCAGAGCACCCAGAUGCCUUUGCUGCUGGUCUAGUGAUCCUGCUGGCAGCGCUUCUUUCCUUUGGAGUGAAGGAGUCCACCAUGGUCAACAAAGCCUUCACAGCUCUCAACGUGCUCGUCCUGCUCUUUGUUACAGUGAGUGGCUUCAUCAAAGGCCACGUGAGCAACUGGAAGCUCAGGGAGGACGACCUGCCACAGGCAGCUGCCCAGGAGGCUGGGAACCAGUCCACGGCCAACAACAGGACCAGUGCCUUUGGGGUGGGAGGCUUCAUGCCCUAUGGUUUCACUGGGACCUUGGCUGGAGCCUCUACCUGUUUCUAUGCCUUUGUUGGAUUUGACUGCAUUGCUACCACAGGGGAAGAAGUGAGGGACCCACAGAGAUCCAUCCCCAUGGGCAUCAUUCUCUCCCUCCUCAUCUGCUUCCUGGCCUACUUCGGGGUGUCUGCUGCCCUCACCCUGAUGAUGCCCUACUACCUCCUAGACACCAUGAGCCCACUGCCAGUGGCUUUUGAGUACAUUGGCUGGAGCAGUGCAAAGUACGCCGUGGCUGCGGGGUCACUGUGUGCCCUGACCACCAGCCUCCUGGGCUCCAUGUUCCCCAUGCCACGGAUCCUGUAUGCAAUGGCUCGAGACGGGCUCCUCUUCAAACCUCUGGCCAAAGUCAGUCACCGUCAGUGCCCAGUGGUGGCAACUCUGGUGUCUGGGGCAGUGGCAGGUCUCCUGGCCCUUCUCUUCGACCUGAAAGCCCUGGUUGACACCAUGUCCAUUGGCACACUGCUGGCCUACUCGAUGGUGGCUGGCUGUGUGCUGCUGCUCAGGUAUCGGCCUGGGCCCAGCCCUCGGGACGCUCCUGUGGGGAAGGUCCCAGCUGUGCAGCUCUGGUGGAACCACCUGGUCCGGCCGCCCCCCCAUCCCACCCCUCGCUCCUCUGCUGUGGUGGUCUGGGCUCUGGCAGCUGUAGCUGCCCUGGCCUGUGCCCUGAGCUGGGUGAGCGCUGCUGGGCUGCCCUGCCUGCAGGCUGGGGGUGCCUGGUGCAUCACAGCUCUGGCCCUGCCUCUCCUGGGGAUCCUGGCAGCAGCUCUUCUCAUCUGGAGGCAGCCUCAGAGCCAGGACAAAGCAUCCUUCAUGGUUCCCUGCCUGCCCUUCCUGCCUCUCCUCAGCAUCUCCAUCAACGCUGUGCUGCUGGCCCGGCUCAGCGCGGCCGCCUGGCUGCGGUACCUGCUCUGGAUGGCUGUGGGUUUCCUCAUUUACUUUGGCUAUGGGAUCUGGCACAGCACUGAGAGCCACUGGCCCGAAGGGACAGGUCCCCGGGAGCUGCCGGGAAGCAGAGCCAGGGAGGUGGCCCUGGAGCCCCGUGGGACUGCCCUGUGCCCAUCUGCUCCAGGGCAAUAAAAGGACAUGGCUAGUUCCUGAGUGCCUGGCUCCCUCCAUCCUGUGCCCAGGGGGCAAGGAAGCCCCUUGGGCUGUGGGUCCUGUCCCACAGAGGGGACCAGCCCGAGCUGCAGGAGCUGCUUUCCCAAGCCUGGUGAACUUCCCUGAGCAACCCAAAUCCUCACAGCGAGCCCCUGCAGACGGAGUUCUGUUUGGAGAGGAUAAAGCACACAAGUGGUUUUGCUGCUGUUACUGGACUGUGUUUUUGG